UUAUAUUAAUUUUAUGACUAUUGCGAGCAUUAAUUGAUGAUACAAGGAGUGUUAGAAGAAUACCACUUAUGUUAGAAUCGUGUUAUUUACAAAAGCUUCGUUGUACAGAUCUCGGAUUCUUGAGCAAGUCGGUUGGGGAGAGAGAAGGAAAGUUUUGUUUCGUUGGAACUGAAAGGUCUGAAAUCUAGAGGAAACUACUGAAGAAGUAAAAGGGAAGCUUUUUUCAAGUUAUCGAAGUGAGAGAAAGAUUGUACAGAGAUAUAGCUCGACCCGCAGAGCUGCAGAAGGAAUUAGAUUAGAGGAGUACGUGGCAGAAUAUCUUUUUUUUUCUGGGGUAAAAGAGGAAUUGCAGUGGGUCUCAAGCUUCAUCCGAUGUUACAAUUGAAGAAUCCACUAAGCUGGACAGUUCAAACCCAAAGUGCUCAGAGUGAAGAACAUGGGAGAGAACAGCAAGAGAUUGCUGAGCGUUUUCUCAGUUUUUCCUGAAGCUUAUAGGCACUUCUCAGAGAAAACAUGGCCGCUGUUCAAGAAGGGUCCGGUCAAAACCAUUCUUCUCUUCCUCCUCCUCUUCGUCUCUGCCCUUGUUGCUGCUUGGUGGACCAACACCUCCAUUAGGGGUGUUACGAUUCUAAGGUCAUUUCUGCCCUCAAAAAAGACCUUCAAACAAUCUGAAGAGAUACCUGAUGAAUUCCCCUUCAAUUGCUCCAAUAUAGACUUAACAAAAGGUUGUUCAUCUGGGACCCACAAUCAUAACAACACAACAUCAUCAUCAGCAAUUCAGCAUCAUCAGAUGAGGAAUGCCCACAUUACUUCAGGUGGAUCCACGAGAAUCUACGGCCGUGGAAGGAGAUAGGAGGGAUAACGAGGAAGAUGGUGGAGAGUGCAAAGCCUACAGCCAAUUUCCGGUUAGUGAUAGUGAACGGGACGGUGUAUGUGGAAAGAUACAGCCCAGCAUUUGAGACCAGAGAUGUGUUCACAUGGUGGGGGAUACUUCAAUUGAUGAGGAGGUAUCCAGGGAGACUACCGGACUUGGACCUCAUGUUCGAUUGUGAUGAUCAGCCGGUCAUCAGAUCUGACGAUUACAAGGGACUGUUUGCGAAGGCCCCACCACCGCUCUUUCGUUACUGUGCGGAUGACACC